AGGAAAUUCAUCAUCCGUAGAAGAAGAAGGAUCUCCUUGGUUGUUGCCAUGGUUGUUGCAGCGGCACACAUGGAUGAAUGAUAAAAAAACAACAAUACUGACGGAAUUGUCUUCACUGUUUCUGUCACUGUGUUGCAAUAGCGGAAAAUAAUGGCUGGCAGCAGACUGGAGCGGUUCGGGACCGUGUUCUCCCGGUAAGAGAACAACUUUACACCGUCGGUCUGUUUCUUUCUGCUAGCGUAACGCUCCGUCUAACAACGAUGAGACCUUGACAUGUUAAUAAAUGAAAAAAUCUGGUCGUUUCUCAGUUAUCACAGACUGUUGACAGAGAACCGAAAGACAACUUUAGUAAAUGGAAAGAAAAACAUGAGGUUUAGUUUCUCAAGAGCAUGACCGAGUGACGGCUCAGCGUGAUGACGUAUUUUGAAUGCGACAAUAUGAGCUCACCUCAAAGAAAAAAAAGUGAAUUACGGCAAUAAUAAAAAAUAAGUUAAACUUACAAGUUACUUAGGACCAAAUCGUUCAACCUUAUUCAAAGUUUACAUAAACAGAGUGCCGUAUUUUUUGUCUUAAUUUCUUCCUAAAGGGAUAUCCCGUCGUAAAAUUAAUUUAGGGUCAAACACACCGUAAUAGCGAGUUAGACACCCCCUCGAGAGGUGAAUGUUGCCGACCGCUUGCUUCUCUAGUUAUACCAACUUUAGUAACAUCUGCUCGAUAGUAAUAAACAGCCAUAAACAAACCUCAAUCCAAAACACCACUCUAUAGCCGCAAAUAAUGCUCAGAACAGCACCUAACUUCAUCAUCAGUACAUAAAGGGUCCCAGCCACAGUACUAGCCACCAAACAUCUUUUUAACUUUGCCUAAUUUUUUAGCAAAGAGACUAAACACAACUCACCUACUCUCUUCCAGCAGCUGCUUGUUUGUAGCGAGAUGUCAGGCCAGUCCGUUAAAGACUGCAGUGGGGUGACGCAGCUCAACGAAGAACAUUUAUGAUCAUUACUUUAUCAUUUCCUUGAAGUAAUAAUCACUGUAAUCAUUUUGCACUGCAGACGCGGUAGUUCUUCUGCCUUAGCAUCUUGGACUGAUUGCAUUUCCAGGAAAAAACUAUCAUAAAUGUUCUCCCUUGAGCUGCGUCAACCCGCUGUGGUAAUGGACUCGCCCGGAGGACUCGUACGAAUAAGCGGCUGCUGGAAGAGAGUAGGUGAGUUGUGUGAAACAAGAAAUCAGGUAAAGCUAAAAAGAUGUUUUGUUGCUAGUGCUGUGGCUGGGACCCUAUAUGUACUGUUGAUGAAGUUAGGUGCUGAUCUGAGCAUUAUUUGUGGCUAUAGCGUGGCUUUUUGGUUGAGCACGUGGCUCUCUGUAUUGCUAUCCUGUGGUCAUUACUAAAGUUGGUAUAACCAGAGAAGCAAUCGGUCGGUAACAUUCAUCUCUCGGCGGGGUGUCCAACUCUGUGAUAUGUUGUGUUUGACCCUAACUUGAUUUUACGAUAGAAUAUCCCUUUAAAUAAAAAACUCUAAAUAAAAACAAAUAUAUGAAAUGUUAUUGUUUAAAAAUGUAAGAAUGAGACAGGAGCUAAAAAUAACAUAUUAAUGUUAUCAUGUGUUUGAAAUGAAGUUAAAGUGUUGUGUGCAAAUCCGCUCUUUACUGCCAAUGGUACAUUUGUAAAUUUCUGAUAUAUUAAACCUUAUUUUGUGAUUUUCAGGGUUCGAGAUCUGUUGCGCUCUGGAGUCGUAAAGCAUUCAGAGAAACCAAUCUGGUAUGAUGUGUACACAGCUUUUCCUCCAAACAGAGAUCCUCUUUAUGUGAAGCCUCUGCACAAAUGCCAGCCCCAAAAAAAGGAUACUGUACCUGAGAUCUUCUACAAAGAGGAUGCCAUCAGAGCGUAAGACUUCCUAACACUGGUUGAUUUAAUUUAAAGUACAGAGAGUGAAUGCAGAGCUUUGUGAUGAUGCAUGUAAUGUUUUCAGUCAAGUGUUUGCAAUGAUUCCUAACGCAUAAAAAUCAACAAGACAUGGCAAGACAAGACUACAAACAAAAUGUUCUCAAAUUUGAGCUUGUCUAGAUAUUCUGAAAAAAAGGUUGAUGAUAUGCUGCUGUUUUUACAUCUCUGAUAACAGUUUUUGUGUCUGUCCAUGUUCAGGAAGUUCUAUGAGGUGUAUGCUCCUGGUCGACCUUUUGAGCUUUCGAAGUCCAGUUUUGUCUCUACCUCUCAGAAGUAUGUAUUUCAAUUUAAUACACAUAACCAGUUUAACUGUAUGUUUCGAAAAAUGUUUCUAUUUUAAUGUGUGUUAAAAACACAAUGAUCUAUCUAAUCCUUUGUGUCUGCCGUGUUUCUCAAUGCUUUGUGUUUCUGCAGGUUUGUAAAUAAGUACACAGAGUUACAGAGCCAGGGUGAGUUUAAAGACUCUGUUCUGUUUGAGGAAACAGGCAAGGCUUUACUCGCAGAGGGCAUCGUGCUCAGACGCAGAGGAGAUCCUUUAGUAAGUAGAACUAGAAAUAACUACAGCUAUUUGAAAACAAUCAGAGCUGUAAAGGACUAAUCGACUUACAGUUUGCAGGGAAAACAACUUAUCAAUUAACCUAAAAAAAUAACUGUCAUUUCUGAAAUAAACUGCAUGCCUUACUUUUAUGUGUUAAAACCGGUUUAUUUUCAAGGAGUGGUGACAGUUCUGCUUUUAUCCUGCAGGUGUCAGCAGAGCCCAGAGACCAAGUUCUGGGCCUGAGGUUGUCACAGCUUCUUACCGAGCAGCAGACAGCUUCUGACAGCAAGGAGACAGCACAACCCAGCGAACACAGUGACACAAACAAACCGUAGACCUCAGCAGCUGGAGGGUCAUGUGAUCAGCGGGUCCACUUUUAUAGGCAGAACUUGUGUUCUUUGUUAUAUUCACAGCAGUGAGUCCUGAUAUGAUCACCAGGAUCUCAGCCAAUAUGAUGAACUGACAACAGCUUGUGACUAUAGAUGUGCAGCUUCAUGUGUUCUGGACUGAUGUCGCUAAUAUGUUAACUAUAAGAAGUUACAGCAGGAUGUUGAAAUGAUACUAAAUCAAAAGUUUUCUCAACUUGAUUGUCUUCAAGAGUCUCAAUUUGGAAAUUCGUGCAUGCUUGUAAUAAAGAUAUUUAUUUCUCUGCAUUGUGUUGACACAAGUAAAAUGAGGCUAUGGUAAAAAAAAAAAAGGGUCAAUCAAAUCAUUUCACUGUUAAUUUCACCCUUACUUUGUCAUGCUAUCACAAUUAGCUCACGAUUAUAAAGUUUUCCUUUCAACAUUAUCUGUGUUUGGGGGGGCUGUAUAGGGAAAAUUAGACUUUUUGAAAUGUGGUUUAUGAAGUAUUUGCUAAGAGUAUGUAUUAGCCACAAGAGAUUUUACUCAGCUUAGCCUUUUGUCAAGAAACUGGCGAUAAAACUGAAAAAGAAACAAGCCUGUCGGCCCCUCCAAACAGGGUCAGCUCUACCAUGUAAGAGAGCAACUUGUGAUAAACACUGACUCAAACAUUUACGUCUUUGAGGGUAAAUACACCAAAUUGAAAACUUGCAGCUCUUUACCAUUUCUUCAUGUCAUAGAUGUAAUAUAUCUGUUACUACCAUAGACUGUAUAUAGAAUGGACAACUUCUGCCUCCUCGCUGGGUGAAGCCACUCCGAGAACAGCACACUCUGGCGGCGGGCUGCAGUAUAGGUCAUAAAUCCCACCUGCGCCAGCAAAGUUUAUGGGGCUGUGGACAAACUUUAGAAAUUUAUUACACAGAACAUAUAUUUUUUCCCCUGCUGCCUGCGAUGUUGACAUGUAGUUAUCGUAAGACUGGUUUGUGCUCGUCCUCUUUUUUUUCUGUGCAGCUCUGUUUUUAAAAGUUAUUAGGGGUUCAUGUUUUCUAUGAUUGACACCUGGUACAGCCUAUGGGCAUACAGAGAUUGCGGAGCUUACCCGAGGGAUACACUGUUUGAGCAGAGCAUCAUCACAGCGACUCUCCCGCCGAAUGCGCACAAUGCUAUUGUGCAAUGUUGGUCUCAGGAAAUGGAGAAAAAACACAGAAUUGCCAAGAGCUUUUUGGCUUCAAAUCCAUAUGCUGGCGGAAGGUGGAACCAAGUUGUCCAUGGUAUAAACAGUCUAUGGUUGCUACACUGAAAGCCUUCUGAAUGGCUGUUUCGAUCUAUGAUAUACGAGUGUUAACUUUUGCUCAGUACUCUGAAAUGUUAAUUUUGUUAUUUUUGCAUCUUAGUUUGAAAAGAAACUUUUCAUCUUCUCUUGCUGCUACACACACACACACAGUCCAAAGUAAUCUGUCUUACUUCAAUCUGAUUACAGAACUGAAGUUUGAAAUUGAAUUUUGUCCUAUGCAGGUCUCUGUGUGUGCAUCCUAACUUCUGAUGAUGAUUGGUGAGUUGUUGCUCACUGGAGCAUAAAUAAUCUGUUUUGUUAUUUUCUCGCUGUAAUUCAAUCUCCACACUGUCACAAAGGUAAUUACCCAUCAUUUAUUCUGAUUCUAUUAACACCUGCUACCUCUGGAAAACAGUUAGGACAGGUAAACUGCAGGGAUCACUGAUGGCUCUCCAGUCUGCUUUGAGCUUCAAAUAUACUUUCUAAAGUAUUUUUAUUUUUUUUGUUGCAGAGCUGUAAUUUGUCUUUCAUCUCUUCCAAUAAUCCAGCAUAUGUCUUUGUGCAACGUUAUAUCUUGUACAAUCAAAGGUAUCAUAGUUCUCCUGUAUUUUAUAAGAAGCAUGUUCCCAUUCUCAUUUUCCCUGGAUUUAUUGUACCACACAAUUUGAAGCUUCCUUUUUUCUUGCUCACCUUGAGUCGAGAAAGAAAGAGACAAAACUUACUGUAAAUUAAAUUCAAAGUCAUGCUGUAAAAAGAAAAAAAAA